CCGCGUGAACAAUAAUAAAGCCUCGGGUAAUGCCUAAGCAAAAUCGAGUAAUCUCACUCUCUCUCUCUCUCUCUCUCUCUCUCAAAGUCCGUUUUUCUGCCUUUCGUUUCUCGCAGCGCUGCGAAUCCUGCCACGAAGGAAAAUCUGAAGGAAAAACGAUCUAGAAAUCGAAAUCCAGGCACAAAUUCCCCCCCGCUAGCGAUUAACCAUCAGAUUCUCUCUGGAACGGUACAAAUCCCACCUAUUUCCACGAAAAAUCCACUUUCGCUGCAGUGAUCUAGGGCAUUUUCACAAAAUCCCCGUCGAAUCCUCCUCCUCCAUCCCCGAUCUGGGUAAAUAAGUGCGGAAUUCUGUUGUUUGGAUUUUCUAGGGUUUCAGAUGAGGAUAUGGACUGGAAUUUCAUGUCUUAGUGGCGUUUAGGGUUUUUGUUUUCCUUUUGGGGGGCGAAUUGUCUGAAAUGCAGACCAAGGAAGGGCGGAGUAAUGGAAUUUCUCAGUCCGUUUCAGAUUAUUUGAUCAGUGAGAGAGCAAUCGAUUCGAGUAUGAUGACUUCGUCGAAUCUUCUGUUGGCUCCAUCAUCCGGUGUCAAUCACAUAGAGCACCGCGUCUCGAAGAUGGAUACGUUGGCUGGCGUUGCUAUCAAGUAUGGCGUCGAGGUUGCAGACAUUAAACGAUUGAAUGGCUUGGUAACAGAUCUUCAGAUGUUUGCUCACAAAACACUGCUAAUACCACUACCUGGAAGGCACCCACCAUCUCCCAUUCUAUCAAAUGGUUCAGCUAGUCCCGGGGAAAGUAGCAAUGGACAUACUAAGACCCGCCGACCUCAUAUUGAUCUGUUGGAUUCACUCCAGUCACUAAAGUUGAAAUACCCACAACGAACAGUUUCUCCUGCCAUGUGCAGUUUACAGGGCUACUAUGGUCUCACACCUUCGAGCAACAGAGGUGCACCUGACGGCACAGAGAUGGCAGUCUACAAAACCCACACAGGUUUUUACCCAGAAGAUGAGUUGCAGCCCAAAACAUCAACAACAUCUGCUCAGCCUCCAGGCCAUCGGAAGUCUAGAAGCAUAGUUAAUGGCCAUUUACUAGAAAAUGGUGAAAUGGCUGGGGAUGUGCAGUUUGCUGAAGCUGGGGACAGUGAUGCUGACAGAUCAAAUGAUAAGGCUGUCCGCAGGCGCCAAAAGGCUGAUGUCGAUCCUACCACCCGAACCCCAGAAUUAUUGUUGAAGGAGGAUAGCAGUGGUGGCUUCUCAGGUAUAACAGGGAAACGUCUAGCUCUGAGACCCAAGUCCGCAAGCAGGACUUCACUGGCAGCGGAUGCUGAAUCAGGCAGGCCAAGUCCAAUUCCACUGGGGGACUCUUUAGUGGCUAAUGGGCACGCCAGUGUCAGGAAAUCAUCGAGCACGUCAAGUUUGCAGGACUCGUCUGAAAACAGCUCCUCUAUCUGGCCAACGGCCAAAUGGAAUUUAAAACCUGAUCUGCAGGCUCUUUCAGCUGCAGCCAUCGCCCGGCCAAUCUUUGACGGUUUUUCAAAGCCAAUAACCAGCUGGAUAAACAAAGCUGCCCGGGAUUAACAUACACAAUCCAUUCAUAGUUUUUGGAAAGAUAUAUUCAUUUUUUUUAAAAAAAUAUUCAUUUUAAAGUUACCAUUAGGAUGCAUGGAUCUUUACUCAUUUAGAAAGUGAGAAACCUCAAACGAAAGCCUUCCAUUGAGGGCUUAAUACAACAGUAGUUCAUAGAUGCUCUCUGUUAAGGAACUGAGGGAGAGGAAAGACACACCAGCCUAGGCCUUAUGUUGACUGGGGUUUGGGAGGAGGUGGUGGUUCUGCUGCUCUGCUGCAACAACGAAGGUAAUGUAAUUAUCAUAUUCCUUCAUGUGGGGCUCAUGCCUGUCGCAUGAUGGUACUAGUACACUCGGAGAGGGAACAUUACCAAAUGUUUAUGAGGAUAUAUAUAUAUAGUUCAUGGAUUAGCAACAUUAAAACCGAAUUAAGUAAAAAUUGGCUUAUGGCUUGUUCACAAGAGGGAGAGAGUUGUAUUAUUAUGUGCAGUUGAAGUCCUUUUUUUAUGAAAUUGUAUUUACCAAUUGGUAUAAUUUGUUUCUUGUUUAUUUAAUUUACUUUUAGUUGUGUCCUUGAUAAAUGGUGAACCCACCCGGUUAAUGCAGUUCGUGUAUGCUUUUCUUA